AUGUAUAACUUCGCCCGCGGCGGCCGGCGCCCCAUCAUUCAGCGAUUCGAUGAAUACUACCGAUGCUACCCCAUGGUCAUGGCCCCUGGCCCCGAGCGGCCCGACCUCAACUACGGAUCCAAGAUCUUCCUGCCUCCGUCCGCCCUGGACAAGGUCUCGAAGCUACAUGUUCAGUGGCCGUUACUGAUGGAGAUUAUAAAUGGCGAGAAGGGAAAGCACUCGCACGCCGGUGUGCUCGAGUUCGUCGCGGAGGAGGGCAGAGCUUACCUGCCCCACUGGAUGAUGCAAACUCUCUCACUCGAUGUCGGCGACAUGAUCCAAAUCAAGACUACCUCCCUCGAACUUGCCAAGCUGGUCAAGCUGCAGCCUCAAUCGACCAACUUCCUGGACAUCAGUGACCCCAAGGCGGUGCUGGAGAAGGCAUUUAGGAACUUCGCUGCUCUCACCAAGGGCGACGUCUUCAACUUCGAGUACAACGACGAAAUCUACCAUGUGGCGGUCCUCGAGGUCAAGCCCGAGACAGAAAAGAUGGGUGUUUGUAUGAUCGAGACGGAUGUCGAGGUUGACUUCGCCGCGCCAGUCGGCUACGUCGAGCCAGAGAAGCAGCAGAGGGGAAGUGGAACCAGCACACCUAGAAGCGUGCGUGGCGGUCUCCCGGCCGGCGGUUUGCUCCACAGCCAAGGCUCCAUGGCCCAGUCCAUCAACUACAGCGCCAUCGCCCCGUCAGCAACCACGAACAUCUCCAGAUUCUACGGUGAGGGACAGAAGCUUAGCAAGAAGGGCAGCAAGACGUCGACGCCAAAGCCUGCAACCCCCGUCGCUGGCGCUUCAGCCAACACAGCUGCUGUGCCCCUGCCACGCCGGACGAACGGACCCAUGCCCCUCCGUCUGCCACCUAAUAAGCUCUUCUUUGGCUAUGAAAUCAAGCCUGUCAAGACGGAUGCCGACAAGGAGCGCGAGAAGGAAGAGGCCAACCGUCCACAUUUUGCUGGUCAGGGACAAACCCUGCGAGGCAAGCGAAAGGGUGAGGCCGAGGAGAAGGAGAAGGCACCUGAGAAGAAGGGCGCCAACGAGGGACGCAGACUGGACGGUCGUGGUCCGAAGCCUCGCGGCAUCGAGUGA